GAUAUAGCUACGUAUAACGAAACGUUGUUUCUUUGUGUUUUGGAAAUGUUUUGGUGUUUUAGACAAAGAAACCAUUUCAAACUUGUUUUAGUAUGAACCCUACUCAUUCUCUAUUAAUUUAAUCUUUAAAACAUUUGGUUUAAAGAAUGGAUUUGAAAACGAACCUAAGCAGUUCGAGUCAAGAUUCGAUUUCGACGGGAAGUAGCAGCGGAAUUGGUGGUAGUGAAAACAUUUCGAGAGAUUUUAGCCGAUUAUCUUUGUUCUCGAGUGGAUCUCAAGAGGAACAAUUUAGAUGUGAAGGGCACGCUGAAUAUAGCUUAUCCUGUAUGAAGAGAUAUUUACAGACUGAGGAGCUUUGCGAUGUAGUUCUUAUUGCGGGGAAUAAUGGAAAAAGGGUACCUGCACAUAGAUUAGUACUCUCAGCAGCAAGCGAAUAUUUUUCGGCAAUGUUCACUGGUUCUUUAAGAGAAUCUGGCGAACCAGAAAUUACAUUAAGAGAUGUUAACGGAGAUGUACUUCAAGCGGUAGUCAAUUAUUGUUAUUCAGGGACGAUUGAAAUACGGGAAGACAAUGUUGAAGUUUUAUUAGCAACCGCAUGUUUAAUGCAACUUCGUAAAGUUGUGGAAGCAUGCUCUCGAUUUCUAGCACAACAAUUACACCCAAGCAAUUGUUUAGGAAUUGCAGUUUUUGCUGAACAUCAAUCUUGUAGUUCUUUAUUACAAGAAGCCAACGCUUUUACUAGUUUACAUUUUAUGCAGGUAAUUUGUAAUCAAGAAUUUCUACAAUUAUCUGAAGACCAAAUUGCUUCAUUAUUAUCCAGCGAUGAAUUAAAUGUUACUUCUGAAGAGAACAUAUUUCAUGCUCUAAUGAGCUGGAUUGAACAUGAACCGGAAACUCGUCGCCCGCAUUUACCUCGACUCUUACAAUUGGUUAAACUGCCUUUAUUGGAACCAUCAUUUUUGGUUGAUCACGUUGAAAACCUAGUCGGAACCAAUCCGGAAUGUCAAAAAUUAAUUAUGGAGGCGAUGAAAUGGCAUCUCCUCACAGAAAGGCGCCAACACAUGGUUUCAGUGCGUACAAGACCGAGAAAAGCAACGUUAGGACGAUUAUUAGUUGUGGGUGGGAUGGAUAAAAAUAAGGGGGCUACUACAAUUGAAAGUUACGAUCCAAGAUGUGAUCAUUGGUCUACGGCGCACCAUAUGAAUGGGAGAAGAUUACAAUUUGGUAUUGCUUUAAUGGGAGAUAAAUUAUUGGUGGUUGGAGGUCGAGAUGGGUUAAAAACGUUAAAUACAAUGGAAUGUUUAGAUUUGGAAACGGGUACGUGGACAUUAUUGUCUCCAAUGAAUACUUAUAGACAUGGAUUGGGCGUUGCCGUUUUGGGUGGACCUCUUUAUGCGGUCGGAGGACACGAUGGAUGGAGUUAUUUGAACACCGUAGAAAGGUAUGACCCAAUUACUCGUUCUUGGAACUACGUAACCGCUAUGCAAAGUCAACGAUGUUCCGCUGGCGUUGCUGUUCUAAACGGAAAAUUAUAUGCAGUUGGAGGCCGCGAUGGAGCCUCCUGCUUGAGAACGGUUGAAUGUUACGACCCACACACAAACAAAUGGACUAUGUGCGCUUCGAUGGCGCGAAGACGGGGUGGCGUUGGAGUCGCGGUUGCAAACGGUUUUUUAUACGCAUUUGGGGGCCAAGAUGCGCCUGCUAAUAAUCCAGCCGCAUCCAGAUUCGAUUGCGUUGAAAGAUACGAUCCGGGUACAGAUUCUUGGACAACGGUGACGAUGCUUUCAACUAAAAGGGAUACGGUGGCCGUUUGUUUAUUCGGAGAUAGAUUGGUAGCAAUCGGAGGUUAUGAUGGGAGUCAUUAUUUACGAUCUGUGGAGCAAUAUGAUCCAAUUACGAAUGAAUGGACUAUUUUGGCAUCAUUAUUAACCGGUCGAGCUGGGGCUUGUGUUGUACCCGUUAAUAACAGCAACAAAGUUAUUAAUCAAACUAAUUGAUCCCGCUCAAAUUAAAAAUCAAAUAAGCUCAAUAUCCUUUAUAAUUCUAAGUACAAGAGGCUGUUCUUCUUCUAAUAAUUUCAUUUUUACGUAUUUAUUGGUUGUAAUUUAAAAGUAAGUAAUACCAAUAUUAAGAAAAAUAUUAACAAUAUUCGUCUUAUUAUUUUUUCUUGUGUACAUCUUAAAUCAACAUACACAUUUUGGUCAAAAAUUAAUACAUUCCUUUUUUGAAAAUCACUCUCUGUUAUAUUUCUUGGUUUUUUUUUUUUAGAUAAAUGUGAUUUCGAUGUACAACGAUGUGAUAUAUCGAAUAAAUCGUAGCUAUUUUUUUGUAAUCUCAAUCUUAUUUUAUAUUAAGGGCUCGUAAUAAAUGGAUUUAAACUUUAA